CGGAGCGGCGGUGGCAGCUGGCGUGCGGCGGGAUGGCAGCGCGGGGCUCCGCGGCGGAUGGCGCGCUGCGCCGCGCGGCCGAGCAGUGGCUGCUCUGGGAUAAGAAUCCAAAAACUUACGCAAUCGUGAAACAAUUGCUUGCGGAAGGAAAUGCUGAAGAACUGCAGAAAUACUUUGGCUCGAGGAUGGAGUUUGGCACAGCAGGGCUCAGAGCUGCCAUGGGAGCAGGGAUUUCCCACAUGAAUGACUUGACUAUUAUCCAGACAACCCAGGGAUUUUGCAGAUACCUUGAGAAGAAUUUCAGUGACCUGAAAAAGAGAGGAGUUGUGAUUGGGUUUGAUGCUCGUGCUCAUCUUUCCAGUGGAGGUAGUAGCAAAAGGUUUGCAAGACUUGCUGCCAAUACCUUCAUCAGUCAGGGAGUUCCAGUUUAUCUAUUCUCUGACAUAAUACCAACUCCUUUCGUGCCAUACACAGUAACUCAUCUGAAGCUUUGUGCUGGAAUUAUGGUUACUGCUUCCCAUAAUCCAAAACAAGACAAUGGUUACAAGGUUUACUGGGAAAAUGGUGCUCAGAUCAUUUCCCCUCAUGAUAAAGGAAUUUCUCAGGCUAUUGAGGAGAACCAAGAACCAUGGCCUCAGGCUUGGGAUGACAAACUGAUUGACAGCAGCCCGCUGCUUCAUGAUCCAUAUGCCAUGGUCAAUAAGGAGUAUUUCAAAGACAUACAGAAACAGUGCUUUUACAGGAAUAUAAACAAGGAAACAAACCUGAAAUUUGUUCAUACUUCUGUGCAUGGCGUAGGACAUAAAUUUGUGCAGUUGGCAUUCAAGGCAUUUGACCUUAGCCCUCCUUUUGCUGUUCCGGAGCAGAAAGAUCCUGAUCCAGACUUUCCCACAGUGAAGUAUCCAAAUCCUGAAGAAGGCAAAGGUGUUCUGACAUUGUCUUUUGCUUUGGCUGAAAAAGAUGGGGCAAGAAUCAUUUUAGCAAAUGAUCCUGAUGCUGAUCGACUGGCAGUGGCAGAGAAACAAGAGAGUGGUGAAUGGAAAGUGUUUUCUGGAAAUGAACUAGGAGCUCUUUUAGGCUGGUGGAUCUUCACUUGCUGGAAGAAUAACAGUAGGGAUACUCGUGCCAUUAAAGAUGUUUACAUGUUAUCCAGUACUGUUUCUUCCAAAAUCCUGAGAGCAAUUGCACUAAAGGAAGGUUUUCACUUUGAGGAAACUCUGACAGGUUUCAAGUGGAUGGGCAACCGUGCCAAACAGCUCAUGGACCAGGGGAAAGCUGUUCUUUUUGCAUUUGAGGAGGCUAUAGGGUAUAUGUGCUGUCCUGCUGUUCUGGAUAAAGAUGGUGUCAGUGCUGCUGUUAUAACUGCAGAGAUGGCCAGCUUUUUGGCAACCAGGAAUUUAUCUUUGUCUCAGCAGCUGAAAGCUGUCUAUGAUGAAUAUGGCUUCCAUAUUACCAAAGCUUCGUAUUUCAUCUGCCAUGAUCCUAAAGUUAUUCAACAGCUUUUUGACAACCUUAGAAAUUUUGAUGGAAAAAACACAUACCCAAAAUCUUGUGGUAGAUUUAAAGUUUCUGGAAUAAGGGAUCUAACUACUGGAUAUGACAGCAGCCAGCCAGAUCAAAAGGCUAUACUUCCUACUAGUAAAAGCAGCCAAAUGAUAACAUUCACUUUUGCUAAUGGAGGAGUGGCUACAAUGAGAACCAGUGGGACGGAACCAAAGAUCAAAUACUAUUCUGAACUUUGUGCACCCCCUGGAAACAGUGAUGUUGAACAGCUGAAGAAGGAACUAGAUGAAUUGGUCAAUGCUCUUGAAAAACACUUCUUUCAACCAGAGAAAAACAAACUUCAACGAAAGACUGAGUAAAAUAGCAAAAUUACUACCUUGAUUGGCUUUUGCAGAAUUAGAAGUGCAUUAUUUAAGAAGUUAAGGAUUUUUAGGACCAAACGUAUGAGAACUCUGACUCUAAAGACUUCUGCUUUUAAGAGUUAUUUUGGGUACUCUUGGCUCUAGUAUCUUAUUUUGGAAGGAAAGUAGUACGGACCAAAAAAACCCAAUAAGUUGAAGUAAAAGCUUUAUGAACUAAAAGUUGACUGCAAAUGUAUUUCAAUCAAAACUUGUUUUAAUUAAAUAUAAGUAAUAUUCUGAUAUCUGAAACAGCCUGUUUUGUGGUGACUUAUUUGUUUUGUGUACAUAUCAUCUGAUAACACUAUGCAGCUUUGUCUAGGUUUAGAUUUGCAAAGGAAGUUCUUCUGUUAACAGGAAGUAUUUAAAGCCUGUGGUGAGACUUUGACAAACUUGGGGCAGAUUAAUCAGAAGUAGUGAUCUUUCUUAGGGAUUUUGGCCCAAAGAAACAAGAAACUCACAGCAAAAUUUGUUCAAUUUCUGUUUGUUAUGAGACUCUGUAUAAUAUUCCAGGCAAGGGAUACAAAGUGUACUAAACUGUCUUUGAAUACCACGAACCCAUUAAGAUAGUAUAUCGACAUACAGCACCUUUUUUUUGCCUCACUGAACUAAGCAUAAUUAGUUCAAUGCAUAGCCUAGUUUUGGAGCCUCUCACACUGUGCUGCCAUGACUUGGUGCAUGUCUAAUUUAGAGCAGAAGUUUCAAUUUCAUUGCAUGCUCUUGUCUGUGCUUGCAAAGCCUGAGAGGGUUUUUUGGAGGUUGCCAGUUGACUUUAAUAUGGGGCUUUUCUGCAUUUUCAGUAUUUGCUUUGGAUAUCAGUGUAGCAAUAAUGGUCACAACCGUAGGUACAUACUUCUUAUAAAUGCAAAACUCCUAAGCUUGAUUAUCCUCCCAGAAUUCAAGUCUUCUGUGCUUGUUAUUUUCAGUGCAACUGAAGAUUGCAGCAGUUGUGCAGCUGCAUACGGGGAGGCAGCCCUGGGGGAAGUGGAAGGAGAGGAAGUUUUAUAGUCUGAUGUACUACUGCAGAUCAUGUGCAGACCUGUGAGAGGCCUCAGAAAUGAGUUUGGGGGUGCUUCAGGGAUCUUUGGUGGUUUAUGACAACUUCUAAGACAUGACAGCGGCCUCUCAAGUCAACCGAGUUGAGCGAAUUAUGCCCCAUCAGAAGGAAUUAAUACCUUCAAGCCUCCAUGUGUGUGUCCCAGUACUUUUCUGCAGGGGAGUUUUCAUGCCUGAGCCAGUUAUGUAAGGGGAGACAUUGGCAGGAUAAAAAGCACUAUCCUACCACAAAGGAUCUGCUUCUUACUGGCUUUCUCCUUGCUCGAAAUCACAGACUCAGGAAUGGCACUUCAGGAGGCAGGUUGGGGCAGUGCCUUCAAUUUGGGCAUUGAUGAGCUACAUCCUCAGGGCUGGAGAAGCUUUGUGGGUCUGCACAAGCCUGCAGCCUUGUGCUCCAACAGGGGAGGUGAUUCUCUCCCUCCACUGUGCUCUUGUGAAACCCCUCUUAGAGUACCGCAUCCAAGAACAAUGUGAAGCUGUUAGAGCAGGUGCAGAGGAAGGUCAUGAAAACAGUCAGAGGGUUAGAAUACCUGUGCUGGGAAAAAAGGCUGAGUGGGCUGGGGUUGCUCAUCCUGUACAAGAGGCUGUGAGAUCUUUCAAUAUAAAAGUGGGCUUAUAAGCCCACAUGUUUUACCAGGGUCUGUAGUGACAGGACAAGGGGAAACAGUUUUAAAGUGAAAGAGGAUGGAUUUAAUUGGAUACAAGGAAAGAUUUUUUUGUACUGAGGAGGGUGAGACACAGGAACAAGUUGCCCAGCAAAGCUCUUGGAUGCCUGAAAGUGUUCAAGGCCAUGUUGGAUGCAGCUUUGAGCAAUCUGAUCUAGUGGAAAGUGUCCCUGCUUCAUGUAGGGAAGUUGAACUAGGGAAGGUGAUUUUUAAAGGGGACCAUCACACCAAAACCAUUCCGUAAUUCUUUUUACUUUCAUUUUUACUGGGAGGGCUCACAUUUCUUUUGGUGCAGAAUAUGAUAAAGGAUGCUUUACUGAAUUCAUGGGGAAGGCCUGAAGAUGGAGGAUUACAGGUCCUGAAUCUUUUAAUGUUUUUAUCUUAACAUCUCCACAGGUUAGCGAGGCAUAUUUUACAUGUGCUUUUAUAUGCCAAACCUGGAUUUGGAUUUUGCUAAUGUUAGAAGUUUGGAAGUGAGACCUGAAAUGCGCUCAUAUAUACUGAAACAUCCUCAGAAACAGUACAGACAUAAGGUAAUGACCUAAUCUUUAUCAUUUUGUCUUCCCAAGGUCAAGGAAUUUACUUGCUCCAUUCCUUUCUCUAUCCCAGACAGAAGUUCACAACUUCAGGGGGGCGGGACAUGACAAAAAAAAUAGCCAAACCCACAGCGGUUUAUCAAACUGCUUGAGCAAUUACAACAAACUACAAAAUUACAAUUUAGCAACUUGUUAUUGCGAAAGUCUUUACUAACCUUGUCUUGCAUCAGAGAAAGAGGAUCUAGAACUGAAAUAAAGAAUCAAAACAAAGGCAGCAAGAGUAUAGCAAGAGAGAAGUUAAUAUUGCAGGUCAGAACGGGUGUUAAGCUACAGUUUCUUCAGAGCUGGUCUAAUUCUUUCACUGAAGUGUUGUGUAAGAUAAUGAAGCCUACUUAGACAUUCUUAGUCCCAAGACAGAUACUAAACCAUAGCCAAAUGUAAUUUGUAAAAAAGAAGCCUUGAACUGGGAGCAGGUGCACUAGUAUUAUAUCCAGAAAUGGGAAUUGCCAUGCCUGGAAUAAAGAGUACUUGCAGCCCAGAUUGAACUUGGGUGUAAGGGAAUUCUUGGCUGUUUCUAGAGGAAGACACAUCCCUACAUUACCAAAAACAUGUAAAAUUAGUCUGAUUUUUAUAACAGAAGGGAACACAAUUCCAGUGACAGUUAUAAAUAUUGAUCCUAUAGGCGAUCAGGCCUAUGGGGCUAGAGGGAGAGACUAAGAAGAAUGAGCAUAGUACUCAAAACUCUGCCAAAACAAACCCCAAAACCAGUAAUGCUUUAAGGAUAGACCAAUGGACUUCACUUGAAGGUUAUUCAUUUUUUUACAAGUCACAGUAUCAUAAAAUUUACUGAAUAAAUUAAAAUUCAGGGAUGGAUUGGAACAGUUUGGCUGGAAGGAAAUAAAUACAUUUCAUCUAAGUACUAUGAACUUAGUCCACAGCAUAUUAUCUAAAAGUAUUGUUAUGAUAGUCAAGUAUUGAGCUGCAGAAGGAUUUAUUUAACGAUUUUGCUAUAUUCAACAAAUCAUUCAGGAUAACUGGAAUUAAUUCUAAGAAGCUUUAUUAUAUAAAAAAUUUCAAUUUUGUACAAUGUGUGCUUAAAUAUGUAACUGAUUCACCUACAAAGUUUCUGUAAAUAAAGUUUUUCUCCUUGCUAAUUCUUUUAAAAA